AUGUCGACUUCUAAAAGAUCGCUAGAGGAGACAAGCUCACAGCCAAAAAAGGCUAGAUUUCUUAAUAACGAUAAAGAUACCCAGGAAUUGGAUACAACAGACGAUCUAGAGUACAAGAAGGAGAGAAAAGGUGCUAUCAAGAAUGAAGGUUACGAGUCAGACAGUUCAAAUGAGGGUGGCGAGUCUGUUGUACGCUCACGUACUAAAAAGAACGACGACGAUGACGACGACAUGUUUGGCGGCGAUAGCGACAAACCAAAGGAAGACUCAAAAAGUUCAACAAAACCCUUAGAAUUGGGUGACAUCGAAGGUCAGGAGUUUGGUGGACUGGGCGAUAGACAAGCAGGUGAAGAUAGCGAAGGUUACAGUUCUGGUGAUGCUGAAGAUGAGGAAGCUGAAAUGGGAGGUCAACUUUCAGCUUUCAAUAUGAAGGAAGAAAUGCGGGAAGGUCAGUUCGUCGAUGACGGUACGUACGUCGAGAAUACACGCGAUCCACAUGCGAUGCAUGACGCCUGGAUGGACAAUACCGAUAAAGCAUCAAGAAAACGUAUUAGGGAGGCUCACAAAGAGCGUCUAAGGAAAGAGAAAGAAGAAUACGAGCACGCACAGGCAUUGAAUGCCCAAGGUGGCCGUAAAGAGGAGACCAUGAUUGCUCUGGCUGAGAUGACACAACGCGGUGAAACGGUAUUGGAAGCUCUCCAGCGUUUAGGUAAAGCACGGGAAAAGGUGAAGAAGAAAGGCGGUGAAGAACUUAAAGAAGCAAGCAAAGAUGUCGAAAAGUUUACUGAAUUAGUUAAUAUUAUGGUCUCGCUCGGUGUAGCUGAAGUUUAUGACUGGGAGCAUGAACAGUUCGUGCGGAAUGUGAAACGUUCUGGCUACGUAAAGGACGAUUGGGUACCAUCUUCAUAUAAAAAGGAAGACGAUAGCCAAAACGUACAACCUGACACAUCAAAUGACCCUCUCUGGGAAUAUAAACAGACACCCACGUAUAUUGCUAGCCUUCCAGCAGCUGAGCGACCGGUCGAAGUGCAGAUAUUUGGACCAUUUAAGCAGACAGACUUGUUUAAUUGGGUAAAAGGUGGUUACCUUGGUCCAAAUGGGUCGUACAUCAAAGUACGUAGUGUAAAUGGUGAGUCUCGAGGAGACUGGAAGGAUUUCCAAGCCACUGGAUUAAUAAAAAUUACAACUUUUGUAUUCUAUCGAAUGGGUAUACUAUAG